AUGGAAGUCGGUACCUCCCUUGGGGACCUUUUCGCCAAAACAAAUCAAAUCGAUUCGGCCCUGGCACAAUACAACAAGUUAAUUGCCUGGGAUAAAGCUUUUGCUCCUCGUUGUUUCGUGGACAGGAAGCGAAGAUUGCUGCUGAAACACAGGAUCAAGUUGAACUAUUGUUUCCUCGUCUGUCAUCACAACCUGUCAGAUAUGGCGAGAGUUGCAGAUUUUCUCUCAGAGAUCAUAUACGAAAACUUGUCAGGAGGCGGGAGACUCCGAGGAACAGCCUUUUACCUGCAAGCGCUUUCUUCCAUCCAAGAUUUGCUCCGCCACAGGCAGCAUGUCCUGUGGGCCCUCCUUGCCCACGUCAGAAGAACCGUCAGAGUUCCUGGGGGGCAUCAGUACCUCGAGGAGGCGCGUGCUCUCUUCAUGCGAAGUAUCAGGGUCUUCAAGAAGCAGGCCAAGAGCGAGGCCCUGCAGCUCGACGCUGCCCCUUGGAUUGAGUUCACCUGCAGAGUAUCGCCGCCCGACGCUCUUCAGCGAGUUCUCAUGAGCUACCAUCGUUUCGAGUUCCUUCUGCAUGACAGGACCGACGCUAGCUGCGACAGCCUCCUGGACCUCUUGGAGCAGCUCGCCUUCUCCUCCGCGCGAGCAGGGGGUAUGAACUCAGGGGACGUGAACCCAAAGUGGCUGGGAGGAUGGGGAUGGGGAUGGGAGCCCGAGGAGACAAUACAUUUUCAUUGCCUUGAAGACAUACUUGCAAACAUCAGCUUGGACACAGACAGCAAGAAAUAUUUUUCCUGGCAAGGACGCAAGAUCAUGUCUCCGAACCAAACUUCUUGGUUCGACUGCUCCUUGAGAAGAAUUCUUUUGGUUUUCAACGCAAUUUCUAAACUAAUUCCGAGUGAUCCCAAGAUCUUACUUCUCACUGCAAGGGUUGAGAGACUGCUGGGAAACAUUCCUGGGUCUUGCAAGUUACUUGAGUCAAUCUGCAGAUCAAAUCCCAGCGAUAGCAUGCUUUUGAAUUCAGCUAGGUACUCCUUGUCUCAGCUCCGUCUCGUCCAACUCUUUGCAGAGUGCCGUAAAGACCUCAAUAUCGAUCGCGGGGCAGCAGUGAGCAACAUAAAGUCCUUGCUCGCUGCCAUUUUACAGAGCGAUCCUGACCACGUUGGCGCUCUUGCUGGAAUGUCGUACCUGUGCUUCAUCACACGGACAGCGCAAAAUGAUCUUAAAGAGACGAAGGAACUGAUUGAAAGAGUGCUGCAAAAAGAGGAUGAUCACGAGGGCUGUCUGGUCCUGAAAGGUAUGAUCAGCAUCAUACAAGGCAACUCUAAGGAAGCAGAGGUGUAUCUGUGCAGGUCCAUCUCCAAGUAUUCGGGUCAUGGCGGCAGGCUCAACCCAUGUGCCAUGUUGGGUCUUGCAUGGGUCGCGAAGGCUCAGCAUUCAAAUUCGGAGGUAAUUGUUCUCUAG